AUCUUGACAAAGGAGAGUUUUGUUUGGAUUGGGGUUUCCAAGGGAAUUUCAAUGAGCAAUUACGGUCCUUUUAUGCCUUUCUACGUAGGAAGCAGGAGGUGGGAAGCCUAUGAUUGCUUAGUACGUUAUCAUAAUCCCAGUCUGCCGAAGAUUCUCAGAUUUAGCGAAGGUAAUCUACCCCAAACGACUGAUCUUUGCUGCAGAUCGGAAAACAGGUAAUGGUAUUUGUUGACUGGAUCAAGAAGGUCGGAAGGGAAAAUAUUUGUCAUGGCUGAGAGCGAAAUAUUUUCCCAUCCGGUCCGACCUGACUUAUCUGGGCAUUUUGUCACAUGGCAGUCACUCUCUUAGACUGACACGGUAAAGAUUGUUAGUUACACAUGACGAUCAAAUUUCAACUCGGCUUGCAGUACUAUUAUGAAACUGCAUGGCGACAAGCGCAAGAGAAUGUAAGCAUUACCACUCGAGGCUAUCGCAGUUACGACAAUUACAAGCUUGCAAAUACACUAAAUUACAAGGGCCCAAAGACACUAAAAUAAUUCAGAUCAAGUGUAAAUUCAGAAAGCUGAAUUCAUUACUAAACUUAAAAGCGGAAAUAUAUACAACGGCGUAAUAUGUGACUAACACAGUCCAUGUACUGUAAGAUUUUACGCCACAAACUCAGUCGGUAGAUUCAUUAUAAUAAAUUAAUAUAAAAUUAAAUUAUUCACUGACGUAAAAUUUACAUUAUAUAUAUAUCACCGACUGGAAGAAAUUACGCUUAAUAACGACCCUUCUGAAUCUUUUGUUAUCCAUUUUGUUGUGGCAACUGUGAGCGACAACAAACUUAGACUCUAAUCUCAGUGAUAAGGUGUGAUCAUCUUUUUCCUAUCAGACCAGUUGUCCAUGCUACAAAAUUUUAGCCCUUCAACUCCCAUUGAUUGAAGAUUCGAUAGUCUAUUCUUCCCUCCAGCUGUGACACACUUGUAAAUUGGUUAUGAGAAUUUGGUGUUAGAUCAAACAACUAUCUGAUAAGUCUGAGUAUUCUCAUUACCUAUUUGCUGGGAAAAUAUAUGGAUAUUCGAGAGAGAAGUUACAUGGUAAUCACCUCUGGCAGUUGAAGUGUGGACUCUUUUAUUUUUCUCUUGAUUUCUCUUUAUAUUUCAGAGUCAUGAGAUGUCAGAAGUGACCCUGGAUGUGCCUGUUAUUCAGGCAUUUUAAUCUGCAUAAUUCAUCCUCCAUACCUGAUACUUCUGUUAGUAAACUUGCAGGAAAGCAAGGCCAUUAUACACAGUCUAAUAACAACUUGAUUCUAAAAUGGGUUGUGCCCCAUCCUCCCAAAGUUUUCAAGUCCACGAAAAUGAAACCCGUCUUUUACAAGAAAUAGACCGUCUGCGAAGUAUAGAGCAGUCACGCCAGGCAGAAAUCAGCAAGCUGCAAGUAGAGAAUGAAAAACUGCGACAAGGCCAAGUGAAUGGUGGUUAUGCAAUGGUAAAGCGAUCAGACUCUCCUGAAGAAGACGGCCAUGAAAUGUUAGUGAAGGAGAUUGAGAGAUUGAUAUUGGAGCAGAGUGAAAAAGAAAAUGAACUCAGUGAACUGAGGAGGACAAAUGAGCAGCUGAACUUAACUUUGCAACAAAACCCACCUCAAGUUCAGGUAUUUAACAAUACACAAACCCACUAACACUUCCUCAGGGUCUAAAAAGUGUGGUCACAAUGAAUUGAUGUAACCAAUUUAAACCAAUGAUCUUGGUAAAAAAACUGAAUGAACUUUCACCAUAUUCUGGGUACAAAAAAAUAAUCCAAGUUGUAAAUUGUCGUUGUUGUUGAAGGGUACUGCAUAGAAUUGGCUUCGUUGAUACAUUCAGGAUUGAUAGGAUUGGAUAGGGGAGUGGGGAUGACACAGUGGUGAGAGGGCUCACCUCGCACCACCGUGGUUUGGGUUCAAUUCCUGGACCUGGGGUCACAUGUGGGUUGAGUUUGUUGUUGGUUCUCAUCCUUCCCAUAAUGUCUUUUUCAGGGUCCUCUGGUUUUCCCCCCUCCACAAAAACCAACAUUUCUAGUUCCAAAUCAGUCUCAAAAAAGUAGACAAGAAGAACCACUUAAUGGAAUGUCCAAUGCUAAAUUCCUAUUUAUUAUUUAUUUAAUGAAUGGAAUGGAAUGAGCAUCUCUAAAUUUGGAUCGCAAUGUGUUUUCAUUCAUUUUAAACAAAAUACCAUUAAAACACAGAUGAUUGUGUCAAAGCUGUGAAAUAUGAAGAAAAUGCAGCAAUUAUGAAGUUACUCAUGUAGAUGAAAUACACACCAAACAUUAUUUGUGUGUCAUCCAUGACAUACACAGUGAGUGUCAGAUUCAAUCCUCAUGAUUUUUGUCACUAUGUUGUCUGAAUUGUAAACUUGGCGUCAAGGAUUUGAAUUCUGACUCAUCCAGCUAUAUAUUGCCUGUUUGUCCCCAAACCAAUCUACAAGGUGGUAAUAGGAAUUUAAAAAACUCUGCUAUUCUUCAAGGAGACUGCUUUUUGGUUAGCAUUAAAUGCCCAAAAUGAGACUUACUUGUGAUGGAUAACUGUACAAUAUAAUUAUUCUUUUGCAGCAGUUUGUUAAUAAGAACAGAAAUCUUCCAAAAGUUGGAGAUCCAGUGAGUAUUUAAAGGAUUAAUUCUAAAGCUUCAUGAAGUAAUCUUUGUAACUGUAUAUAGUCAUAUUGAGGAUCUCUCACUUUGUGUGGUACUAAAGUUACUUAUAUUUUCUAUUGGAAAAAAAAGACAGAAAUUAAUUCAUGAGGGUGUCACAAUUACAGUAGACCAAUUAGUUUUCAUCAUGGCCACUGAUUAAAAACACACAGAUAACUGGAAAAAAAUAACACAAAUAAAAAGGUUCCAUGAUUUAAAACCCCAACUGGCUGGAGGCAAACCAUUUGGCUAUUUUUAAGUUGAGUCAAGGGUUUUGGAAAAAUACUGGUAAGAUAUUAAAAACUUUGAGGAGUUGAAGCGUCAAUGCCAACUCCCCCCUAUUCCCUCCUAAGUUCUACCCUUACCCAGUCUUCCCAGAAUGACUUUCCUCUUGCCCACCAGAAACAAAAAAACCUAGGUUCUGCCUUAUCCCCUCUCCCCACAAAUCUUUCUUGUGAAUCUCCCCACCCCUCUAAGAUGAGCUUCUCUUCCCUGCCUGUUUUACAAUAAUCCAUCCUGAUGUGAGUGUAAACGUUUCAUCUAUUAUGGGUGUUAAAAUAUUGAUAUGUUUAACUUGUAGGUUUUAGCAAUGUGGGAAUCAACCCCAUGGCAGUACUUCACAGCAACCAUAGUGUCAUUUAACUCUGAAAAGCUCCAGUACAAAAUUAAUUGGGAUGACCAGGAUCCAACAGGCCGCAUUAUUGAUUACUACAACUUGGCUCUGGACCGUGUCCCUGAACCUGACGAGGUCGCCAUUGGUUCCAUUGUGCUGUUUCCCCAAGGAAAGUAUCGAGGUCAGGAGGGUGUUCGGCUGGGUGGCUUACGCUACCAUCAGGUAUGUGUGCGUGUGACUGUGCGUUUUCGUGCGCGUGCCUUUUUUUAAUGUGCGCGCGUAUGUUGUUCUUCUCUCUGCAUUUUUACACUGUUCUGCAUUGUCAUAUCUUUGCACGUUGUAAGCGUUCUGUUGCUCAAUUAUGGUGAACUUGCGUGUUCCUGGAAUUCAGAGUUAGUAAAAUGAAGUAUGAUUAUAGUAAACGGCGUGAUAGUACUGAGGAGAAAAAAAAAAAAAAAACAGGGAGGUUUGGGUCAAGUCGUGUAAAAAAACGCUGUACGCCUACGCGACCUGAUCCAAACGUUUUUUUUUCGCUUCUUUUCUGCAAUUGCUUAAAUUGCAGCCCUCAUGCUAAGAUUAUUUCUUCACUUGAAAAGUAACAACGUUACUCAUAAAUUUAUUUUAUCAUUUUAAGGGGCGAAUAACAAGUGUUUCGAAUGGUCCUGGGGGUCAGAAGCUUUAUGACGGUGUGCACACCAAGGGUGAGGCAGACAACAAGUGGAUCACAUAUUCAGGGUACAACUUCUAUUUUACGGGAAUGGAACUGUCAAAAUUACGAAUCUCACCCAACGUGUUAGACAUCUUGUCUGACAAUGACUCUGGUAGCGCUGUGGAUGGCUUGAUUCGUCCUUGUGACAUAUUCAUCUCGUACUCAAAGGUAAAUAUCAGUUUUAGUUUAUAUGAUAAGCUGAAUUUUACGCGCAUUUUGAUUCGUUCUUACUGAUGAUCUGUUGAAGUACAGACGUCACAAUUUUAUCACUUUGCUUCUUUAUUAAAUCAAAUGCACUCUAUGUUGCUGUUUGCUCAGUAAUAGGACUAGAUCACGGAAGACGUUAAAUUGUAGCCAGAACAAAAGAUUGACACUCUCCGCUGUGCCUCGUGAGAACUGCUUUUGCUCUUACCAUAUUUUGACGUCGUCUGUGAUAAUUAUUCCUGGGCGGAUGCAAGGUACCCUGGGAUCUAUUCGUUACCUAAGCAAAACCGCUUUUUAGAGAUAUCUAUUUCUGUUGUUCAGUUUCAAAAUUACACGAUUUAGAAUGCUGCGCUGCUAAACUAUCGCCUUCGCCCCCCCCCCCUCCUUCCCAUCGGUCACUUUUUGAACGACCAACAGACUGACUAAACUCUAUUUCCACCGUUUUCUCGAGUCUUUGAUCCUCUCGAGAGAGAACCUCGGGAAAAGAGAGGGGGUGUGGGGGGGUGGUGGAGUGGGAGCUGAGCGCGCGGGCUCAUUACCUGAAUAGCGGCGGGUAAUCGAGCCCACAGGGGCCAGUUGUAUAAAAGACAAAUAACGCUAUCUAACAGAUAAAUCGCCAGGAAAACCUUCUGCGCUAUCCACUGGAUCGUGAUUUAUCCAGUGGAUGGAGUUAUCCAACCUUUGAGCGACCCGGGUCUGACUGACAGGAAUCCGUUGCACAUCCUUAUCUGGAUGUUUGUUGCACAGACUACACUCAUAUUUAUUGUACAAAUAUUGAAAAAUUUUUCAUGAUAUUUUUAACAGGCAAACAGCCCUUCUGCCAUCAGAAAUCGUGAGCUGGGGCCAUCAGAUCCUCCACCCAGCUACAACGAAGCAGUAUUGUCGAGUAUUUGCGACCCGCGUGACAUUCGAUAUCAACUGGAAGGCUGCGGAGCUACGGUGAAUGGCGACAGACAGGCUCAAAAUUCACUGAUAGAGACUGUACAGCAGAUUAACACAGCAAAGGUGUUUGUGGCCUGUCUUAGCGAUGAAUACGUCAAGUAAGAAGUUAUUGAAUUCAUUUAUCACUUAGGGCACCAAGGUCAACCUUACGACAGAAAUAAAAAUUUUAGUUGUUGGGAAAAUGGGAGAAAGACCCUUUGUUUAAUUUAGGUAACGAACCAAAUCGCCCAUUAUAAAGCAUGUCUUUAGGUCAGAUGACACCUCAAGGCUUAACUCUUUAAACGCUGAGCGUGAUCAGCAUCCAAUUUCUCCUCACAGUAAUAUGGCUGAAUCAUUUAUUAACUAAAAUCAUGAAAAUAAAGAACCUUUGAUCGUUAAGUGAAUUCUCCUUGUCAGUACUAAUGAAAAUAUAUAGAGAAGAGUUUUGAGAAUAUGGAUACUGAUGUUAGCGAGUAAAAGGUUUUAAAAUACGCAGACAACCAAGGAGAAAGAGGCAAAUUUUCAUAGAAGAAAAUGACGAAGCACGAAUAAUAUUUUUUAAAGCCGAAAAAUGUUUAUCUCCCUUUGACUUCAGACCAUUAAAACCAAGUUUUACGAUAUUACACCUUUCUCUGUGAACACGGAGCACAUGUCGCGAAAUUGGCAUCUUAUGCAGCAUAUUUAGUCAAUUGUUACCUAGUUUUUCUUUUCAAGAUUAUCCAAGGAACCUGGUCGCCUUUACAGCUGUCCAUCGAGAUUUCAAAACUAACACCACAACUAAGUGUACAUGUCAGUGUGGUGAGGCAGGCCCCGAGAAUUCGUUCGCAGUUUCUUGCAACAUCUGCAACAAAGACGUUCAGUUUCGCGUGUGAUUGUUGCAGAAUAAGGCGCUCCUUCACGGACCAAGAAAAUCUGGUUUCCUUAUCACCACUUAUAACCAUCUUUUUUCUUUCUAGGGAUGAAAUUUGCCGUCAAGAGUUCCAGUAUGCUAAGAAGACCGCGAGAAAACCGGUUAUUCCCGUUGUAGUAGGCAGUGGAUCUUUCGAAUGGAUGAUGACAGUUGUGGGUUUGCUUAUUGCCGGUGAAGUGUACAUUCACUUCAGCAACAGAGAUGUACAGGAUUCUAAGAUGACAGAGCUUCUGCGAGCUGUUAAGAAGAGCGUGCCUGAAGUUAAAUUUCCCGAAGAAUUGGGAAGCGUUCAAGGUAUGUUUUGUAUUUUUGCGGUCACAUACAAGGAUAGUACCAACCGACUGCAAAGUUACAGCCACCUUGUCCAGCGUAACAAAACAGUUCUACCCCACAGUAACUACCUUUUGAAUAGUGACAUGCAAGGGGUUCAUCCACAGAAUUUUAAGUUAGAACAACCUUGCACAGCGUAAUACACAGUUACACAUGUGAAAGUACUGUCCAAUAGCUUUCAUUUAGAUGGUCGCAUACAAGGGUUUGAUCCUCAAUUUCAAACGUUGGAAUCACCACGAGAAGCAUAAUAAACAGACUUGUGACUUGUGACAAAGUGACUUGAACUUUUUAAAAUUUUUUCCAGAUUUGCAAAGUGCUGGAGAUACCUCGGACGCUGGAAUCCGAGAUUCCGCUGACGUGUUUAUCAGUUAUUGCUGGCUGAAUUCAGAGAAUGCACAUAAAGCCAAACAUGUAAGUACUUGUUGAUGCAUAUUGUUUUGGAUGUACUUUGAUCGCGAAAACUCCCAUAAAACCCAGCAGCAAAUCGGCCAUUGUGAAUAAAGCUGACGAUAGGUGUCACAACUAAGUGAUUGUCCAACCUAAUGAAUAACUGCCCAUCCUUAUGUUUCACUCAUGGAUUGACUGACUGACAGAGUGACCGACUGACUGAAUGCCUGAUUGACUGACUGUCUGGCUGACGGACUGACUGACUGACUGACAAACUGAUUGAUUGACUCUCUGACUGACUGACCAACUGACUAACUAGCUGAUUGACUGCCCAAGUGACUGACUGACUGAUAAUUUAGUGUUAACAACCGAGUUGAAAACGUAACUUGGCCAUCGUAAAGAGUUAAAAGGCGGAGGUUUCGAGCGUUAGCCCCUUGUCAAUCGCUCUGACGAAAGGCUAACGCUCGAAACUUCGGUCUUUUAACUCUUUACAGUGGCCAAUUUAAGUUUUCAACUCAGUUGUUAACACUUAAUUACCUGUUAUACUCUCCCACCGACGUAGCACCACAGUUUCUUUAGAAACUUACUCCCUUUAUGACUAACUAACUGACUGACUGACAAAUCGUUUAAUGUCUGACAGACUGUUACAAUGACUAAUUGAAUUAAGCGGGCUGAAUAAUGACACGUUUUUGUAGCUACUACUUGCAAUACAAUUAAUAUGUUCCGCUUUAUUUAUAUUCUUUUUUUCGGCAAUGAUUAGGUGACAGAGUUCAUCGGGUCUCCAUUUGCAGACCCCAGGAAAGUGCACAGCAGCCUGGUAAAAGCAAACAAGUUCUCCCUAUGGAUAGACAUCGAGCGGCUCAGGACAACCAAUCAGAAUGAGGAAUCCUUAGGCAUGGUGAGUCAAAAGAAAGAAAAGUUUCUUUUUUCUCACCUUUCAGUGGAACAUUGUUUGGAACAGCACUCCGAUCUAACGAACAUCCGUUUCAUCGAAAUGUCUGUUUAAAGGACAAGCGUGUCUACGAACGAUUCACGAACCUUACUUCCCUAGGGCCCCUACCCACCCACCCUCCCUUGGUAUUGUAACAAAUUCAUUUCUUCUUAAUAAUUGUGAGGUUUUACUUCUCUUUCCUUUUCUGCUUCCCUACUGUUCUUUCUCCAGGAACAAAUGAACACAGGGUAUGAACCUGUUCUUAAAUUUGAAUUCCUUUGCAACGCUUUGCAAUUAAUACACACAUGUAUUUACUACCGUUUAUUUUUCAUGCCAUGCUUUGCUUUGUUUCAGUUUGAGCAAAUCGCCGAAGGACUCGGGAAGGCCAAAGUGGUGUUGGCGUUUGUUAGUAAACAGUACGCCAACAGUGAAAACUGCAGAAUUGAACUGCAGUUUGCUCUCAAGGUACAUUAUAACUUUUUUUUAGGGCUUUUAAAAGAUUUUGUACUCAAAGUGAUUGUUAAUGGAAUUUGGCUUUUUUUUCUAGUCUCUGAAGAAACCUUUGGUCCCAGUGAUCGUGGGCGCAGACAAUGAUUGGCAAAAGACAGUGGUGGGGCUGUUAGUGGGUGGCCAGGAGAUCCAAGCCAUCAAUUUACAGGACGUCCACUCUGAAGACGUGUUUACGGAGAAAUUAGCGGAAAUACAGUGAGUAUCAUACUGUUGAGGUCAAGUUAGCCCUUCCAGAGCAGAAAGAGCGCCCUUCGAUUUAAUUUUUAUUUAAACUAGAACCUAAACAAUUUCAGUAAGAGUCUAUGAGAAUUCUAAAUGGACACAAUUAUACCUCCUCGAGCGCGUGAAAUGCACGUGACAGUGCUCUGAUUGGCAUUAGUGUUGCAUCUGAUUGGUGGAAAGAGGGGCGUGAGGUUUUCAAACCAAUCGUUCCUCGAAGAAAGGAAAGGCCAAUGAAAUCCCAGAAUGCUUUCAUAACUCAAUGGGAAAUUUCUCUCUCUACAAUUAAACUCCUUUGCCUGAUUCUAGUGGAUGCUAUCUCUUGUUGAAUCAAUUCAGCCCUAAGCUGAUUCCUGCGUUCCUGGACUAUCAAAAUUCUACCUAUAUUUAGUAACAUCAUGUAAUACUGAAAACGAUCACCCUUGAAAUGAACGAACAACCAUUCAGAUGUAAAAGUUAACGCCAGGCCUCUUUCUUACACAAUAUUAAAUUUGCAAUUACUAAUCUUUAUACGGCAAUUUUUAGGGAGGCCAUUUUGCCUCUACUUGGUCACGCAGAGGAAGCGAGAAGCUACCGAGCGCCUGUCAUAGGCGAUCACGUGAUCUCUCAUCACCAACAAUGGGCUUACUACGCAGCGACCAUUGUGAGCUUCGACCGCGAGACUUUGAAAUACACAGUGGACUGGGACGACGGAGAUCCUACAGGGAAAGUUCAGUCAUAUAAGGUAUGCAGAGAAAUUAGGUAAAAACCGAUGGACAUUCAAAAGAAAUUUUUAACAGAAGCACUCACAGAUAACUGCUGAAUUAAACGUCGAGGUCGUGGGAACGGAGGAUGUGAUGCCAACUAAAAAAGCUCUUGAUUGUUAAAAAAAAUUCUCCCUGACAGCUUCGUAAGAAAUGUAUAACGAAAAGUAUGGAGAACGUGAAUUCUGAUGUUAAAGUGUGAAGGUCAAAGCAAACCUGAACUCUGGUUUACUUUAGGACCUGGCCAUUGACAAGAUCCCAAGUGAAGACCAAGUGGGUGUGGACUCCAUUGUGUUUUUCCCCCAGGGAGGUUACGGAGCUACCGAGGGGAAUAACACCGGGGGAGUCAGAUACCAUGAAGGAGUCGUCACACGUGUCUACAAGGUUUGUCAUAGCUUAGUGUUAAAGGAUUGAAUGGUUCGUUGGACACAUGUUCAAUCCUAAUUUUAAUAACAGCCAUUUUGCUAGGGUCGAUUUCCGCCGCUCUCUCGUUUCCGGUCCUCGCUCCUCCCCGAGAAGAGAGUUCGGGGAUGGGGAGGGAGGGAAGGAACGCGGGCUCAUAUCCCAGAACAGCGGGUGGUAAUCGAGCUCAACAUUUUGACACAAUCAGUAUCAUGAUGUACAGAACCAAGAACAAGCCCGAAUCUGAAAAUUCGAUGACCUUCAAGAAAGUGUGAGGAGUACGUUCGGAUAACGGUGGUGUGUCAGAAAGGUUGCGUCAUUGUAGUUCAAUUUAACCCGCUAAGCAGGCGCGCGGCCUGAACGCAAAUGACAAGCGCGGGAGAAAUCAGACACGCUCCGUCUGUUUCCCUCGCACGUGUUCUCCGGGAGCUUGCCCUCAUUAUUAGUGCUUUGGCACGAGCGUUUCUUAGCCCGCGGGAAAGUAGGCGCCCUUGAACAGUACGAGCCAGGGAGAGGUCUGCUAGGGGUCUGGCACUAUUAGUCCCAAAUCUCCAGUGAUAUUCUCCCCGACUCGUCUGAAAUUUUUCCACGGGUGGAAAAUGCACGUCCUGCAGCACUCAUGAUGAAGGUCUGCUCUCGAGCUAGACAAAAAAAAUUCCAAGUUGACGGUAGACGCCCUCAUCGCAACCUUUUUAAUUGAAUUAGGUUUUUUAAAUUGUUUUAAGGAUUCCUCCGGAGCCUGGCGAUAUGAUGGGCAUCACACCAAAGGCGCAGAGGAAGGAAAAUGGGUCACUUACAAAGAUUACAAUUACAACUUCAAUGGCAUACCUCUGCAAAUGCUUAGAAUCGCUCCCAACGCCAUGGAUGCACUCAUGGCUUGCAAGGAGGCCUUUAGUUGAAAUUUCUUCAACAUCUCGUGUUUCUUGAAUAUCUCCACUGAAAUAGGAACUGUUUUAAUCACCAAGGCAACCAGUUGUCAAUUAUUGUUUGAAUAUUUUGCAUGGUCUCCUUCGCGGUUGUCUUUUGAGAUGUCACGCGAUGCUCUCCCUCCACCCCCCUCUUAUCUCUCUUCCCUUUCAAAUAAAGAAGACGAGCGUUGCGUGACAAUUCAGAGAAGACGAGAAGCAUUGUUCGCGCCAGCCGGAAUAACUACCCCCCGUUUAUAGGCCCUCUUGAUACCCUUUACGAAGUAGUGUAUGCCCAGGGCUGACAAGCGCUAGUUAACGGUAUAUGUUUUUUUUUUUUAUGGGAAAUGGUUGUGAGACAGGUGUUAAGCGCAUGAAACGUUUGUACACCAGAGAUUCAGUAUUUUACAAGGUUUAAUUUACAGUCAAAUUAUAGAGUAAAGAGGGUUUCAAUGGAGUGAUAAAAUUUUGGCCAAUUUACGGCAAAGGUUAAUACCUUUCAACCAGAAAUGUUUUUACAGUUAACUUUUUCUUACAGCAUACGGCUUAAUGUCUUGGUCACUUUACGGCUAAUAGUUAACCCCUAUUAACUAUUAAAAGGCAGACCUUUUCUAAUAAACUGAAGAGUAAAUAUUUGUUUUGUGGAAAGUCCAAUCUAAACCAAAAUAAAUUCAACCUUUGCCCUCUGUACUACAUUGUACAAUAUUUGCCGACUAGUUUAUUAACUACUGUGCAAGUGGCAGAAACG